AUGAGAAUUAUUCCUUUGGCAGCUGGAGCAGCUAGUGUGGUUGCUGGCUCGUGUGCUGCCAUUGUUGCUAAUGCAGUGCCGUCGUCUAACGGCCGCAAACAGGUCGUUGAAGACAAAACUAACACUGAAGUUAACGCGUCUAGAGCCGGAAAUGAAAGUGGAGGAACUGUCACAGACAACGAUAACGAUCCUAUAAUAAAUCUAAACGUUGGUGGGAAGACAUUUACAACCAGGAAAUCAACUCUCUGUCAGGUUGAAGGUUCCUUGUUCGCUACAAUGUUUAGCGGUCGCUGGGAAGAUAGUGUCGAACGUGAUCAAGAUGGCACUGUAUUCUUUGAUUUUAAUCCAAACCAUUUUGGCGUUAUUUUGAAUUAUCUCCGAGUUAAAAAAAUUGCGACUUCAGAGAAUCCGGUGAGCUUAUUUAAAAUUUCUGAAGAUGAAGCGAAUAAUUUCAACAUUCUUGUUGAGUAUCUUGGCUUGAGUGAUGAAAUCGUUCCAACUGAGAUUUUCCCUGACGAGAAAUUCAACUUGCACAGCCCAGGAGUCACUCUUGAGGAAGACGGGAAAGUCGCAGUUCAUGAUGGAACUGAUGGGCUCGAAUAUGCCCUUGGUGAGAAUGUUUACAAACAAGGAAUUGUGAAUCUCGAAUUUAAGUUGAAGUCGUUUGAAAAUUUACGUUGGGUUUUCGUUGGCAUAAUGGAUGUUGAUGUGUUUGUACCACCCAAUAAUGUUUCACAUGAAUGGCUUAGUGGAUAUGGAUGGACAUUGGGGGUCAACGGUGGAUCAGGGUGA